UGCAGAAUCAGGAACGUGCCGAUAAUACAAUAAAUAAAAACAAAACAAACAGGGUGAUUCUAGUGCAAAAAAUGUUUGAGUUCAAUUUUGAAGUCAAUGAACCGGACUCAUCGGAUAUCGCUGAGAGUCCGUUCAAUAAGCCCAAACUUCACCAGGAUAGAGUUGUUCAACAAGCUGACAAAAAAAUUGACUGGUAUCUGGCUGAACAAGUAGAGCCAAGUAAAGACCUAUUAAAUAAUUUGGAUUUAUACGAACUUAAUGCCAAAGAGUUGUCUAUUGGAAGCAUCGAAAUGCGUCAUCUUAUAGCUGGCUUUCUGCUUGAGGAUAUUAAAGCAAACAACGAUGAAGUCAGUGGAGAUAUAAAAAAAUCCGAAGAAACCCACUCAGAUUUAAUAGCCGGAGUUUAUGAAGGUGGAGCCAAAGUUUGGGAAUGUACCGACGAUUUAUUGUCAUAUUUGUCAAAAACAUUUGAUGAGACCCACUGGAAGAAUAAACGAGUCUUGGACUUGGGUUGCGGCUCUGGACUUUUGGGAAUAUAUGCUUUAAAAAGUGGUGCUAAAGUUGACUUUCAAGAUUAUAACAAAGAUGUUUUGGAGAAAAUAACAAUGCCAAAUGUACUGCUUAAUUAUAAAGAGGAGUUAGCGGACGAUGAGAAAAUAAAACUGUUGGAAACGGAUAGUAAUUUUUAUGCUGGUGACUGGUCACAUUUUACGGAACUUACGAAGGAUCUCGAGAAAUAUGACAUAAUCCUAACGUCUGAAACUAUAUACAACAUUGAAAAUCAGCAAAAGCUAUUGGAUACAUUUAGAAAUCGCCUAAAAUCAGACGGUAAUGUUCUAAUAGCCGCCAAAUCACAUUAUUUUGGAGUAGGAGGAGGACUUGAGCAAUUUAUUGAGGUUGUAAAAUGUGGGAAAGUUUUUAAAGCCAAUAAUCUUUGGCAGGCUGACGAAAAUUUAAAACGCGGCAUUGUUGAACUAAAAUUGCAAUAAAGUAAAAAGAAGUACAUAUACAGGUA